AUGAGUAUUUCAUUGUCUGAUGUGAAAUUAUUCAUUGUAAAAAACAAAGAACCAAUUAUCAUCAAUAUCUCUCAGGGCCUAGAAACAAUAUUUCAUCUCGAAACAUUAGCUGGUACACUAAAUUUAAAAAAAUUAAGAGCAAUCUCCCAUUAAUAUUAAUUUACCUUUGGUGGAUUCAAAAUAUCCUUUGAAAGUAAGAGUCAAUAACAAAUUUGCACAAUUUAAUCCAAGUGAACUUGAUAGCUUCUUAUAUUACAAGUUGCUUCUCUAAAAUGGGUAAUUAGUAGAAGGAAAGAUUUCAUCAAAUGAUGACUACGCUUUAACUUUUAAAAUUAGACAAAUUGCUAAUCCUAUUACAAAUAAUUCAUCCAUGUUAUCAAACUCUCAAUCUGUUAAAAACAAACUCUAUUCAAUAGAAAGAGGUACAUCAGAAUAUUAAUCUGCCUCAUCUUUGAGACAUAGUAUACCAGAAGUAUCUUUUAGUUAAGCUUAAAGGUUAUUAAAUUUAUAUCUAAUAUAGAUUUGCAAAAGAAUACCUCAAUACAACAGAAUAUAAUUACAAUUUACCUGGCUCUAUUGGAAGUGGUAGAAAAGCAAGUUUUGGUUAUGGAUCUAAAUAAAUUGCACAUGCAUAUGUUCAAAGAAAUGCAGAAUAGAAUCCUCCCCCAAAUGCUUAUUUUCUAGGAAACCCUUUAUUUUUCCGUAAAGAAAAUAAAACUAAUUUACCAUAAGAUGAGAGAUGGAAAAAUUAAAAUUUUGUGACUUUACCUGGUCCAGCUUCUUAUGAAACUUCAAAUCCUGUAGGGUCUGAUAAGGUAAAUUUAAUUUCAAAUUAUAUUAAAGCCUGCAGCAACUAUUGGGAUAAGAUUUAAACCUGUAACUACUUUUAAAGAUUCUGUACCAGGACCUAAUUCUUAUGAAGUUAAUAAUAAACUCAUUGAACAAUCCAGAUUUAAUAAAAUUUCAUUUGGCUAUGGAUAAAAAAUUGAUUUCACAAAAAAUAAUCAAACUCCAGGUCCAGGUGCUUAUGAUUAGAAAUCUGUGUUUAAAAGAAACACGAAUUAGAUUAUUAAAAAUCUUACAUAAUUACGUCAUAAUGAUUGA